AUGUGUAGGCAUCUGAAUCAAGAAAGACAAGAAAUGAAAAAGAUUUCUGGAUUUGAACCCUAUGAGGUACCUGGAGCUGAAGGGCUUGUUGUGAGGGAGUUUGGAUCAGAGUGUGGGGGCCCAAAUCAAUGCUGUGUGUAUAUCUCCUAUCUUGAUUUUGUAAAGUACAAGUCAAUGCUAAAGAAAGGGGUGGAAGAUGGUGUUCUUAUGGACUACAUAAAUUUAUACAAUCAGUUUUUUAUUGCUAGUGGAGAGGGGAAUACAAAGAUAACUGCAACUCAUUUGCCCUUUUUUAAUGGUGAUUAUUGGUCACGGGCAGCUGAAAAUAUAGUUAGGAAACUUGAAGUAGAAGAAACUAGUGCUUGUGGAUUGCAAAGCAAGUUGCCUAACAAGAGAAUCUUAAAAGCCAUGGGAUAG